AUGGGCGGCGCCCAUAACUACUCUACAGGAUUAAAUGACGCACUUGACGCGGAGGAUUAUCCAAUCCCAGGGAUAGAGGAACUUAUGGCAAAACUUCGAGGAAGUUCUAUCUUCUCACAACUAGAUUUAUUUGAUGCUUAUUUCCAUCUAAAACUGGAUGAGGAAAGUAAGAAGCUAACUACAAUAAAUACUCAUCGAGGUUUAUUUGCUUACAAUCGGUUGGUUUUUGGGUUAAAACCAGCUCCUGCAAUUUUCCAACGUACGUUGGAACAGGCACUUACAGGUAUUCCAGGCGUACUGGUCUAUCUUGAUGAUAUUCUGAUUUAUGGUCAGGAACGCACAGAGCACGAUACGCGUUUACACGCCGUGCUAAACCGCUUGCAAGAAUGGGGUUUUCGACUCCAAAAGGAAAAAUCUAAAGGUAUCGAGCCUGACCCAGCACGUCUUCGACCUAUUCGAACAAUGCGAGUUCCAACGAAUGCAAAAGAGAUACGCUCGCUUUUAGGUCUGAUUAAUUACUACGGGAAAUUUGUACCAAAUUUGCAUCGACUCAAAGCACCAUUCAAAGCUUUGAUCAAGAAAGAUGUACCUUUCGUGUGGACAGCAAAAAUGAAGAAAACGUUUGAGGAUAUUAAAAAUAUUCUUACUGGACCACUUCUACUAGCGCAUUACGAUCCCAGACAAACUCUGAUCGUUGCAGCAGACGCUAGUUCGAUCGGAAUUGGUGGCGUCUUGUUACAGCGCGCCCCAGACGGCCAGGUAAAAGCAGUCUUUCACAUGUCAAAAGCAUUGACAAAGACUCAACAGAAUUACAGUCAAAUCAAAAAAGAAGCUUUAGCAUUAGUCACUGUUGAACCAAAUCGCUUGAAACGAUGGGCUCUUCGACUAAUUGGGUACGACUUUGACAUAGAAUAUGUCAACUCCGAAAAAUUUGGUCAAGCGGACGCUUUUUCAAGGUUAAUACAGGAUGUAAAACAAGACGUAAUAGACGCCGACCUCGAAGAAGUUGUAGCUGCGCUACAGGAAGCAGAUACAGAGCUACAACAGAUUGUCAACGAAUCAGUACAGUUCUUACCUUCAACGGCUCGACAAGAGCUCCAGAGCGCAACAUUCAGCGAUGGAAUUCUCGCUGAGGUUAUUGAUCGUCUACAAAACAGAUGGCUCAAAUCGGACGUAACUGACAAGGAGUUAAUGCCAUAUUAUCGUCGUCGCGAUUAUUUAGCCAUAGUUGAUAAUACAUUAGUUCUAGAUGAGAAACUAAUAAUUCCUAAACAUCUACAAUCUACUGUACUGAAGCAACUACACAUUGCACAUCCAGGUAUCCGCCGGAUGAUACAGCUUGCUCGACGUUAUUUCUAUUGGCCAGCGAUGCAUGAUGACAUCGAGAGAUACGUAAAAGAAUGUAAUCAUUGCGAUCGCACAGCAAGCAAUCCAGUAAAAGAACCAUUACAUCCAUGGCCAAAUCCAGAGAAAUCAUGGUCACGCCUUCACAUUGAUUUCGCAGACCUGAUAUAUGGACAAUGGGUACUCGUCAUUGUCGACAGCUACUCCAAAUUCUCAAAGUUCACAGUUAGAAACGGAAUUAAACAAUUUUGUUACGCAUACAACUACACACCCAGUGAUGCGGUACCAGAUCAUAAGUCUUCGGCAGAAAUAUUCUUUGGACGUAAGCUUAGAACUCCAUUAGAUAUUUUUACUGCAACCGAAAAACCUAAUCUAAAUCUUACUUCUCAGCAGAAACAAAUGAAACAGCAAUUCGACGCUCAUCACGGCGCAAGGCCACGUUCAUUUGUUAUAGGACAAUCAGUACUAAUUCAACUCUCCAAUGGACAGCGUAUUCCUGGUAAAAUUGUUAGGCUGAUAGAGAAAGCACUCGCUCGCGUCAGCUUUGAAGGAGGAUUCAUUACUAGACAUUUCAAUCAAAUAUGGAAUCGUCCAAAGAGACAGGAAAAGAAAUCCAAUACGAUUAGCGAAGAUCUACUAUCCUCCGGGAAAGAAUCAGCACGGAUUCAAUCAGAUCCAGUACUUCACACUUCGCUAGGAGAAAGACAGGAGGCAGAACCUCUCAACAACGGGACCACACAACCAGUAGCAUCUGCUCGUCGUUCUGAAAAUCCUUCCGGGGCCACACAACCUCCAGUAGCAGCGGCUCGUCGUUCUAAGCGUCUUUCGCAUCAAAUUCGAUCAGAUUACAAGGCAUUAGGAUGA